CUCCAACAUGACUUCAUUGAAGCAUUUCGCAUUCGCAAGGACCUCCUGCUUCAUCAACACCAAGUACAUAAACUGCACCAUGCUUCACUGCAACACACAGCAUCGUUCUGCAUCCAAUCCUCCUCAAUAACAAGCCUUGUUGUAUGAUAUACUCGUACCGACAUCUCCAACACAUCCACUUGUCCACCAUACCAAAUCCACCACCAUGGCAAACCCCCCCUCAUCCCCCUCCUUCGACUGGAAAAUGUACCGCUACACGCCCAUCCUCCCCCUCGCCACCCUCUUCCUCGCGCUAUUCUCCAUCCUCACCCUCCUUCACGUAUACACUUACAUCCGGCACCGCAAGACUUCCAUCAUCUACGUAAUCCUCGGCGGCAUGUGUGAGAUUGCAGGUUUCGCCGCGCGCAUAGGAAGCCAUUACGACAACACAGCAUGGGCGCCGUUCAUUGUACAAGGCACACUCCUCCUCGUCGGCCCGCUUUUCUUCGCUGCAACGGUGUACAUGAUGCUCGGGCGGGCCAUCCGUCUCGCCGACGCAUCGUCCGCGUCAAGGAUAAGCCCGAGGUGGUGCACGCGGAUCUUUGUUGCGGCGGAUGUAUCGACGUUGACUGUUCAGGGUCUAGGGGCGAGUUUGAUGGGCACGAUGAAACUCUCCCUCGCACUGGUGGGUGAGAAAGUCGUCAUCGCCGGUCUGGCACUGCAAGUUGCCACCUUCAUCGUCUUCCUCAUUGCCGCUGUCGAUUUCCACGUCCAUAUGAAUCGUACUUCGAGAACUGGAAACGACGCAGAGAAUGAGGCUUGGAAGAAGAUGCUUCACAUUUUGUACGCACUGAGCACAAUCAUCCUGUUUCGCUGUGUGUUCAGGCUAAUUGAGUAUGCGAUGGGUAACGCAGCGUAUCUGAUAAGUCAUGAGUGGACGCUGUACGCUUUUGAUGGGGUGCCGAUGUUGGCGGUGCUGGUGUUGUUGUUUGUAUGGCGGCCGAAAGAAGCGAGUACAGGCGUGACGAGGAAGGUUAGUGAGUCCAGCGAUGGGGAGAUGGGCGUUGUGAACAGUCGGUGAGGAAGAAAUGGGGCAGACGUGGUGUUGUUCUUGGUGGGAAGUGGGAUACGUUACUGUCCUCUGAUGCUGUUGUUUUAAUAUUGUAUUACCUUGCUAUAUUGCAG